AUGGAAUCAAUAGGAAAAAAUUUAAUAAUUGAUGAUAUCACCUUUCGUCGUCCUGAUACUUGUUUAGCUUUGGACAAUCUAAUAACUUCCUCUACCACUACCAAAAACACCGCCAUACUAUUUGAUCCUUUCAAGAACAAUGAUUACGAUGAUACCUUUGAUUUCCCAUUUAAAGAUGAAGAAGAUUUUGGUACAACUGAUGAUGUCAUUGAUAAUAAUACUACAAAACCAAAUGUGAUCAUUUUUGAUCAUCCAUUAAACGACGAGGUAGCAAAUGAUGACAUCAGUUCAACAAACGUCACCGCUACCACAAACAAUUCAUAUAAUUCUAGUAGUGUCAUUAAUAAUAAUAACAAUAACCUUGUCAGCAAUGUUGGUUCUAACCUUAACUCAUCAACUAAUACAAACGAUAAUAUAUCUCUACCUGUUGUCAUCAAUCAUAAUAAUAGCAACAAAGUCAACAAUUCUUAUAUUCAAAAAUAUUCUCAACAUCAUACCAACAAUAGAUUUUCUGGUGUUGAAUUAGAGGAUCUUGUGGGUCAUAUUUAUUCAUUAUGUAAAGAUCAACACGGUUGUCGUUUUCUUCAAAGAAAACUUGAAGAAAACAAUCAAAAAUACAUUGAAACGAUUUACAAUGAAGUCAAUGGACAUUUCAUUGAACUUAUAACAGAUCCUUUUGGCAAUUAUCUCUGUCAAAAACUUUUUGAACAUUGUGAUGAAUUUAAACGUACUCAAAUUAUCAAUAAAGUUUCUUCAGAAUUGGGCUAUAAUAAUAAUUACAUAUACAAGACUCAACAAAUCCGUACUUUUAUCCAAUCUUUAAAUCCUGAAGUAGUAACUUUGAUUCAAGACUUGAAUGGAAAUCAUGUUAUACAAAAAUGUUUAAGACUUUUCACACCCGAAGAAAAUCAAGCAAUCAGCAAUUAUUGUCUUGAGGUUGCUACACAUAAAAAUGGCUGCUGUGUUUUUCAAAGAUGCAUUGAUCAUGGCACCGAACAACAAAAGUUACAACUCUUGAAAACAAUAAUUCACCAUGCUUUAUUCUUAAGUCAGGAUAAAUACGGGAAUUAUGUUGUUCAAUACGCCAUAAAUUUCAAUAUCCAACAAUUCACUAAUGCGUUAGCGAGAAAAAUUUUAGGGCAUGUUUAUCCAUUAUCAAUUCAGCAAUGCAGCUCAAAUGUUGUUGAAGCAUGUAUUAAGUUGGCUGACAAUGAUAUUAAAGAACUUUUGAUUUCAGAAUUAAUUAAUUGUCGUUGUAUUGACAGAUUAUUGCAAGAUUCAUUUGGGAAUUAUGUGAUUCAAACUGCCUUAGGUGACUUUGGUCUUAUUGGUCUUGCGGUUAUGGGCCAAAACCUUAUUCUUAACAUAGCUGACAACGGAUUCACAGUUGUUGCGUACAACAGAACUGUUGAAAAAGUAGAUCAUUUCUUAGAAAAUGAAGCUAAAGGAAAAAAUGUUGUUGGUGCUCGCUCCAUUAAAGAACUUGCUCAGAAGCUAAAGAAGCCAAGAAAAAUCAUGCUUUUGGUUAAAGCUGGUCAAGCUGUUGAUGAUUUUAUUGACCAAUUACUUCCUUAUCUUGAAGAAAAUGAUAUUAUUAUUGACGGUGGUAAUUCUCAUUAUCCUGAUAGUAUUCGUAGAUGUAAAUAUUUAGAAGAAAAGGGAUUAUUGUUUGUUGGUUGCGGUGUAUCCGGUGGUGAAGAUGGUGCUCGUUAUGGUCCAUCUCUUAUGCCUGGAGGUUCUAAAGCUGCAUGGAAACAUCUGCAGCCAAUAUUCCAAUCUAUAGCGGCCAAAGUUGGUAAUGAACCAUGUUGUGAUUGGGUUGGUGAAACAGGUGCAGGCCAUUAUGUUAAAAUGGUUCAUAAUGGCAUUGAGUAUGGUGAUAUGCAACUUAUUUGUGAAGCAUAUCAUUUGAUGAAGGAAGGAAUUGGUCUCACAAAUGAUCAAAUUGGCGAUGUGUUUGAGGAGUGGAAUAAAGGUGAAUUGGAUUCAUUUUUGAUUGAAAUCACUAAAGAUAUUGUCAGAUAUAAAGAUAACGACGGUAUUCCUCUAGUGGAGAAAAUUAGAGACACUGCAGGCCAAAAAGGUACCGGAAAAUGGACAGCAAUAAAUGCACUUGAUCUUGGAAUGCCGCUUACACUCAUAGGUGAAGCUGUAUUUGCUCGCACACUUUCAGCUUUGAAGAGUGAACGUGUACGUGCGAGCACAAUUUUAAAAGGACCUCAAAAUGUUACUUUCUCUGGUAACAAAAGAGAUUUUAUCAAACAAAUAGGUCAAGCUUUAUAUGCUUCCAAAUUGAUUUCAUAUGCUCAAGGAUUUAUGCUUAUGCGUGAAGCUGCAAAAGAAUAUAAGUGGGAUUUAAAUUAUGCUGGUAUUGCUUUGAUGUGGCGUGGUGGUUGUAUCAUUCGUAGUGCUUUCUUGGGCGAUAUUAAAAACGCAUACAUCAAUAAUCCACAUCUUGAAAAUCUUCUUUUUGAUCCAUUCUUUAAGAAUGCUAUUGAAAGCGCACAAAGUUCAUGGCGUAAAGUCAUUUCAGAAGCUGUUUUAAUUGGCAUUCCUACUCCUGCAUUCGCAUCGGCUCUUUCAUUUUAUGAUGGUUAUAGACAUGAAAAAUUACCUGCUGGUCUACUUCAAGGAAUGCGAGAUUAUUUUGGUGCACAUACCUUCAGAUAUCUUGAUGAAUACACUGAUGAAAAACAUCCUAAAGAUAAAGAUGUUCACGUUAAUUGGACUGGUCAUGGUGGAAACGUUAGCGCUUCCUCUUAUCUUGCCUAA